CUGGCCGCCGGCGGCUACGAUGUGGAAAAAAGUAACAGCCGCAUCAAGCUGGGCAUUAAGAGCCUCGUUAGCAAGGGCGUCCUGGUGCAGACCAAGGGCACCGGCGCCUCCGGCUCUUUCCGCCUCAGCAAGAAGCCCGGAGAAGGGAAGGAAAAAGCUCCGAAGAAAAAAGCUGCUGCAGCCAAGCCCAAGAAGCCGGCGGCGAAGAAACCCGCCAGCGCCGCCAAGAAGCCCAAGAAGCCGGUGACAGCGAAAAAGAGCCCCAAGAAGGCGAAGAAGCCGGCGGCUGCAGCGGCCAAGAAAGCAGCGAAGAGCCCCAAGAAGGCGACAAAAGCUGCCAAGCCCAAAAAGGCGGCGGCAGCAGCGAAGAGCCCGGCUAAGGCAAAGGCGGUGAAGCCCAAGGCAGCCAAGCCCAAGGCGGCCAAGCCCAAAGCAGCGAAGGCAAAGAAGGCAGCACCCAAGAAAAAGUAAAUGGGUGCGGAAAAAAACCCUGUCUGCCU